CUCUCUCUCUCCUCUCUCCCCGGUUGGCAAACCCGAGUUCCUCGGAUUGGUCACUAUCAUAAAGCUUUUCGGCUCUAUUUUCACAUUCCGGCUUCUCCAUGGCAACCUUUGCAUCAUCUGUUAUACAUCAGCUCUCCUACCCAUCCCUUCUCCUUAUCAUCAGCAUCAUCGCUUUGGCCGCACUCCGGCGACUGAAUCGUAAAAGAGUCACGGCCGCAAUGCCGCCAGGAACUUUAGGCCUUCCCUUCGUCGGUGAGACCCUGCGUCUCAUAAAAGCGUACCGAACGGAGGAUCCCGAACCCUUCGCCGAUGAGCGCAUUCGUCGUCACGGCGGGCGUCUCUUCACCACGCACCUCUUCGGCGAGCGCACAGUGUUCUCCGCCGACCCGGAGUUCAACCGCGUCGUCCUCGGCGGCGAAGGCCGCAUAUUUGAGGGAAGUUACCCUUCUUCUAUGUCCACUCUCCUCGGCCGCCACUCUCUUGUUCUCAUGAAGGGUGCGCUUCACAAGCGUAUGCACUCUCUUACGCUCACCCGCUUCGCUUCGCCGGCGGUCAUCAGGUCUCACCUUCUCCCUGACAUCGACCGCGUUGUCCGCCGCAAUCUUCGGUCUUGGCCUGCUUCUUUGCGGCUGCUCGACCAGGCUAAAAAGAUCACUUUUGAGCUGACAGUGGAGCAACUUAUUAGUCAGGGGCCAGGGGAGUGGACAGAGAACCUUCGCCACUAUUAUAAUUUCCUCAUCGAUGGCUUCUUCUCUGUUCCCCUUCCCUCUUUUCUCUCCUUUACUACCUACGGCAGGGCAAUCAAGGCGAGGAAGAAAGUGGCAGAGGCAUUGAUGGAGCUAGUGAGGAGAAGGAAGGAGGAGAAGAUGGGAGAGUCUGUCGUAGAGUCCGCAGCCGAAGCAGAGAGGAGUAAAAAGAAAGACAUGGUGGAUGAGCUGCUCGUGGCGGAGGAGGGAUUCACGGAAGAGGAAAUGGUUGAUUUCCUUCUAGCUCUAUUUGUCGCCGGCCAUGAGACCACACCGACGAUUAUGACUCUCGCCGCCAAAUUUCUCGCCGACAAUCCCUCCGCCCUCGUCCUCCUCAAGGAAGAGCAGAAUGAGAUACGGAGGAAGAAGACGGACGAGUUCGAAGCCUUGGAUUGGAACGAUUACAAGUCCAUGCCUUUCACCCAAUGCGUCAUCAACGAGACUCUCCGUUUCGCCAACAUAAUUGGCGGCGUCUUCCGACGAGCCAUCGCCGACGUCCAUUUCAAAGGAUACACGAUACCAAAGGGAUGCAAGGUGUUUGCCUCAUUCCGAGCAGUGCACCUGGACAGCGAUUACUAUGAAGAAGCCCGCACCUUCAACCCAUGGAGAUGGCUGAACCAUAACAACAACUUCAGCAAAGAUGGAGGCCAAGAAGCCGGUGGAGCUCCCAUCUUCACUCCUUUCGGCGGCGGCCAGCGCCUCUGCCCCGGCUACGAACUCGGCCGUGUCGAGAUCUCAGUCUUCCUCCACUACCUUGUAACCUGCUUCAGCUGGGAAGUUGCAGAGAAGGACAAGCUGGUCUUCUUCCCCACCACUAGGAUGCUCAAGGGUUACCCCAUUCAUGUGCGGCGCCAUCAUUCUCUCUGAGAGAUGAGAUGGUUGAUAUGUAAAACUGGGCAAAUUAUUACGUCCAGUGUUCAGAUUUGUCCGGAAAUCAAUCCAGAUGCGCCACGUCACUAAAAUACAUUGGGAUCCAGUGUAUUCGGGUGACGUAGCGCGUCUGGACGUCCGGUGAUCGGACGUUAUAAUUCGCCAGUAAAACUGGGCACCAAUGAUGCUUAUUUGUUAUUUCCGGCGUUUUUCCUGUGGCAUGCCCAGCAUUAUUAACAUAUGACAGUAUAAUACUAGAUUUUAUGUUGAAUUAUAUUAUUGAUAAAUAUUUAAUGGACUGAUUG